AUGGUUGCUCCACUAUCCCAGACUGGCCCUGCCGAACUGGCGGGCAAGGUUGCUCUAGUCACCGGUGGCAGUCGGGGUAUUGGUUCGGGAAUCGCGUUGGAGCUCGCCAAGAAAGGUGCCUCGGUGGCUAUUAACUACGCCCGGGACCCCGUCUCUGCCGAAAAGAUUGUCCAGGAGAUCCAGGCCAUGGGCAACCGCGCGGCUGCUUUCCAGGCCAAUUUAACCCAAGUCGACUCGAUUGAGACCCUGUUUCAGCAAGUCGUGGCGCAUUUCGGGCAACUUGAUAUUGUUGUUUCCAACUCUGGAACUGAAAAGUUUGUCUCGCUCGCCGAUACCACCCUUGAUGAUUUCAACGAAGUGUUCGAUCUCAACACCCGUGCUCAGUUCUUCGUGGCUCAGAAUGCCUAUAAAUACAUCCAGCCCGGCGGCCGAGUGGUGCUGAUGUCGUCGAUCGCUGCGGGAGUCGGUGUUCCGGGUCAUUCCUUGUAUGCCGGCAGCAAGAGUGCGAUCGAGGGCUUCACUCGCUGCUUUGCCGCUGAUUUCGGGAAGAAGCGAUGCACCGUCAACGCCAUCGCCCCAGCUGGCGUGAAGAGUGAUAUGUGGUUGAAGAACUCGUGGCGUUAUGCGCCUGGCUGCGACCAGAGCUCAUCCCUCGAGGAGAUCGAACAAGCUCUAGCCAGCGGUAGUCCCUUAAAGCGGUGCGGCGUGCCGGCCGACAUUGGCCGAGUCGUGGCAUUUCUGGCCAGUCCAGGAGGGGAAUGGAUCAACGGUCAAAUCUUGCCGCUCAAUGGAGGUGCCAACAUUUGA